CCUUGGCCCUGGAGCUCUGGCUUCCACCCGGGCCCCUUUCACUGAGUUUGGCACCGAGGAGCCAGACGUGGCCUUGCCUGGAGAGACCAAGCAUCCUCCCAUGUCCACAGCCCUGCCUCCCUGACCACUGCCAGUUUCCCUCGCACGCGCCUGGAACCUGCACCUGCACCUCAUGGCCGUUGUCAAGGCAGGGGCACAGGCCACUUUCGGAGCUUGGGACUAUGGGGUUUUUGCCCUCAUGCUGCUGGUGUCCACGGGCAUCGGGCUGUGGGUUGGGUUGGCAAGGGGCAAGCAGCGCACCGCCGACGACUUCUUCACAGGGGGCCGGGACCUGACAGCCCUGCCCGUUGGUCUCUCUCUGGCCGCCAGCUUCAUGUCAGCAGUGCAGGUGCUGGGCGUGCCAGCUGAGGCCUAUCGCUAUGGCCUCAAGUUCCUCUGGAUGUGCCUGGGCCAGGUGUUCAACACCCUGCUCACCGCAGUGCUCUUCCUGCCCGUCUUCUACCGCCUGGGCCUUACCAGCACCUACCAGUACCUGGAGCUGCGCUUCUGCCGCGCUGUGCGACUCUGCGGGACCAUACAGUACCUGAUAGCCACGGUGCUGUACACUGGCAUCGUGAUAUACGCCCCGGCGCUCAUUCUGAACCAGGUCACCGGCCUAGACAUCUGGGCAUCGCUCCUGUCCACCGGAGUCAUCUGCACCUUCUACACAACUGUGGGCGGCAUGAAGGCUGUGGUCUGGACUGACGUGUUCCAGGUGGUAGUGAUGCUGACAGGCUUCUGGGUCAUCUUGGCCCGAGGGACCAUACUUGUAGGAGGGGGCCAGCACAUGCUGGAGCUUGCCCAGAACCACUCCCGGAUCAACUUGAUGGACUUCGAUCUGGACCCAAGGAGCCGCUACACAUUCUGGACUUUUGUAGUGGGUGGCACAUUGGUGUGGCUCUCAAUGUAUGGCGUGAACCAAGCACAGGUGCAGCGCUAUGUUGCUUGUCGAACAGAGAAGGAGGCCAAGCUGGCCCUGAUCAUCAACCAGCUGGGCCUAUUCCUGAUCGUGUCCAGCGCCGCUGGCUGUGGCAUCAUGAUGUUCACACUCUACAUUGACUGUGACCCUCUUCUUUCAGGGCGUAUCUCUGCCCCUGACCAGUACAUGCCCCUGAUGGUGCUGGACAUCUUCGAGGGCCUGCCUGGAAUCCCGGGGCUCUUUCUGGCCUGUGCCUACAGCGGCACCCUCAGCACUGCAUCCACCAGCAUUAAUGCCAUGGCUGCGGUCACAGUGGAGGACCUCAUCAAACCACGGAUGCCUAACUUGUCACCCCGGAGACUCGUAAUCAUAUCCAAGGGCCUCUCACUCAUCUAUGGAACCGCCUGUAUCACAGUGGCAGCUCUGUCAUCGUUGCUGGGGGGUGGAGUCCUCCAGGGUUCCUUCACUGUCAUGGGAGUCAUCAGUGGCCCCCUCCUUGGAGCCUUCAUCCUGGGAAUGUUCAUCCCAGCCUGCAACACAUCAGGUGUCCUCUCUGGGCUGGCUGCUGGAUUGGCUCUCUCACUCUGGGUGGCCCUGGGUGCCACUCUGUACCCACCCAGCGCACAGUCCAUGGGGGUAUUGCCCUCCUCGGCCACCAGCUGCAGGGUGCCCUCAGCCAAUGCCUCUAGCCUCCUGAGUGUGCCCCUCACAGUCAACGUGUCCGACUGGGCCCCCAGCCUAGGAAUGGACUCCAGUCGGCCAGCCUUAGCUGACAGUUUCUAUGCCAUCUCCUAUCUCUAUUAUGGUGCCCUGGGAACACUGUGCACUGUCCUGUGCGGAGCCUUCAUCAGCUGCCUGACGGGCCCCACCAAGCGUAGUGCCCUGGGCCCCGGGCUGCUGUGGUGGGAUCUCGAACGGCAAACAGCAUCAGUGGCUCCUAAGGAAGAAGUGGCCACCCUGGAUGACAGCUUGGUGAAGGGGACUGAGGAACUGACCUCCAAAGCCAAGAGGCCCCCUGACUUCCUGCCCACUGAUGAGGAACAUCUGCUCUUCCUGGGGCAGAAGGAGGUGAAGGGGCCUGGCUCCUCAAUCCCUGGCAGUGGACAAGAUUGUGGUCAUGAUACGAGGGAGACAGACCUCUGAGCACAGGGCCAGUGCAGGACUGACCACCUGGGACAGAAUCUCAGUGGCCUAUCCCAGGCCAGGGGCCAGUGUGUCAUAUACAAAUUAAUUUGGGGCUGUAGUGCAAGUCUUGUGGGAAGAGGCAAAGCCCUGCCUCCAGAAGGUCACUUUAUCCCACCCCCUGCUUCCUGCAGCCCCUAGUCUUAGAUGCUACAUCCCUUCCUAUCCCCACCCAAAAGGCCAGAUUUUCCUCUGCCUACAAGAGAAAGAUGUUGGUGUCCCCUCUGGACAACAUAGAAAACCCCCAGACCCAAUAUUAGAGUCUGAGAAAGACAACCCCUUUAUUAUUUUUCUGGAACUAUCAGAACCUUAGCAAGGAUUUUGGAGGUCUUUGGUCCCAACCCGCUGCACUCCAUUUUAGGGCAGGGAAACUGAGGUCUGGAAAGGGGCAGCAAGUUGCCAAGGUCACAGAGCAAACCAGAAACUCAUGGAGAGUUGGAUACCAGCUCUCCUGCCAUCUCCCUCCCUGCUUGGUGGGUCAGAGGCAAUCUGAUCUCUGAUCUUAGGGCUAGGAGGGGAAGAAGAAUGAGAAGUAAUGUCCUCAGCCUUCUCUUGCCUGGACAAUUCUCCCAGCUUAUCCAUUAAAGAACCACUGUGAACCCACUUUACAGAGGAAGAAAUAGGAUCAGGGAGGUUACCUGGUAUUACACAGCACGUGGGGCCUGGCAGGGACAGGCCUGGAUGCUGCCCGAUGCUGAGACUCCAUGGCUGACAUAUCACCGGUGUACAGGGUCACAUGACCCUAGCGAGCCUGGGUGGGAUCUGAUCCUUGGUGGGAGACUUCACCAAAUAAACAGACUCUGAGG